UAUGGGGAAGGAGCUGUUCAUUUGUUGCGCUAGCCGAGAGCUCUAGAAAGCGGAAACCCGGGCAGCGGAGGCACCAAGCAGAGAAGGCGCGCUCUCCGCGCCCAAGGUGGCGGCGGGCCCAGGCCCCAGAAACCGGCCCAGCACCGGACACCUGCGGACAAGGGCUGGGCGGAACUGCUUCCCGCGCCUUCGCGCUGCCGAGGGGAAGGGCGGAAGCGGCGGACCCGGGAGACGGCUGCUUCCGGCGUCAGCGGCGCUGCCGCUGCCUUCGCGCUAUGGCUGCGUUGGGUCGGCAGGUCUUGGAUGGGCACCGCCUGAUCCCCCUCACCUGGUCCCUUAUUGCUAGGCAGACUACUCGGCUUGGAGGACAGAAGAGGACGACUGCUUUUUUGCUGCGUAAACUGACAACGGUCUCCAGCGGGGGGGGCCUCGGGGAGUCACCCUCUGUUGAACCCCAGAAGUACGCGCAAGAACCAGAGCACAGGACGGGGCUGACUCAGUGCCUCCUCGAGAAGCAGAGGACGGCUGUGGAGCGAGAGAAGGUCGUCAGUUCCCUCCUGGACAUGGGUUUCAGUGAUGUCCAUGUUAACGAACUGCUCAGUAUACAGCCAGGCACCCACCCUCAGCAGUUGCUGGAUAUCAUUUCAGAAUUAAUACUCCUGGGUCUGAAUCCAGAGCCUGUGUGUGUGGCCUUAAAGAAGAGUCCUCAGUUACUGAAACUGCCUGUCGUGCACAUGAAGAAGCGCUCCAGUUACCUGCGAAAGCUGGGGCUUGGAGAAGGGAAAUUAAAGCGGGUGCUUUACUCUUGCCCUGAAAUUUUCACCAUGCGUCAGCGGGACAUUGAGAGCAUCGUCGGGGUUCUCAAGGAGAAGUGCCUUUUCACGGUAAAGCAAGUCACCGAGAUUUUGCACAGAUGCCCCUGUGUUCUUCGGGAGGACCCUGGUGAACUGGAAUACAAAUUCCAGUAUGCCUAUUUCAGGAUGGGGAUUAAACAUGUGGACGUGGUGAAGACCGACUUCCUGCAGUACUCCAUGACCAAGACCAAGGAGAGGCACGUGUUCCUGGAGCGCCUGGGCCGGUACCAGACCCCCGACAAGAAGGGGCAGACGCUGGUCCCCAACCCUUUACUCAAGGACAUCCUCAGGGUUUCAGAAGCUGAGUUUCUGGCCAAGACAGCCUGUUCUUCUGCUGAGGAGUUUGGGGUUUUUAAGGAACUCUUGGCCCGGGAGGAGGAGGAGUCUGAGGGCCGAAUGGCUGAUGCCGGAAGCCCGGAGGAGGCGGGGCCGUGACGGACGGACUGGAGUGCAGAGAAGCCCAGACGGAUCGGAGGGUACUGUAGUUUCCUCAAGGUUUUGGGGAACUUCACUUGGAUCUUCUCAGGUUAUUUUUCAUUCUCACACUGGUCUUUUGAUAAAAAAUUAAUUGGAAAUCACCUGAGAAGUAGACUAAGAAGCAGAUGCAUUGGUUUGAUCUGCCAUCAGGUUCAGGGGGGAGGGCCCUGUUCCAUCCUGAGUAAAAGGCUGACUUUGAGCCUCUAGAUCGUGGGGGGGGGGGCUCGACACAUCGACGUUCGGUCUUACUUUUUCUCUCCCAUCUGUGUUGGUGACAGUCCCGUGACAGUGGGGGAUGUUUCUUCUGGUUCAGGAGUCAUUUUACAUCCUCCUCGUGACAAAGACAGAGUUCUGAGAAGACAGCGAGCUUUUAGGUUAUCACAGCACUUUAUUUUAUGAAAACAAGGAACAGGUUUUCAGUUCAAAAGUAGCUUAUGGUUUCGUAAUUGCAGUCAUUGUACAGCAGAGUAAAAGGAAGUUGAUUAGUGAUGUAUGGUUCUGUUCUGCACAGCUUCUUAACGCCAGCAACGCGGGGAGGGCGCUUUUUGCAUCUUUGUGAAGAGCAGGCCCUGACUCUGACCACCGGCGGAGUUUGCUUUCACGCCAGCUCAGGCCCAGGGGGUUGCGUCCAGGCAGGCCCCUGACGUCUCUGGCGUCCGUGGAGUUCUGACCUGGAGCCAGGGCCACAGGUCUGGGCUUGGUUUCAUUUCAGGGAGCUCUCCGUGACACCAGAGGUGGUGGAAGGCCCCUUGGGGAGGCCAGUGGGUCUGAGGAGUGACUUGAAGAGUUGGGGUUGGGGAAUGGGCUUGGAUGUAAGCCAGGGGUCAUCUCUGAGGUAGAGGUACAGCCCUGAUGGCGUGAGCUCUGCGAGGGAUGGGAAGAUGGGUGAUUCCUAGAAGGUUCUGGAGAUUCCUUUCUUGGGGGCAGCUGGCACAGGAUUGAUGCUGCAGAAGACAUUUUUGGUGAUGUGCCCAAAACUCAGGUCUUUACAGCAUUUUAACAGCUACACACGAGACUCCUGGUGCUUGGCCUCGCUUUUCUUGCAGAGACCACGUAAGUCCUGUCAGGUGGCGGUUCUCACCUGGGGGUGAUCUUGACAACAGGGAACACCUAGCAACAUCUGGGGACAUUUCCCAUCUGGUUGUUAGGACCAGGAGGGUGUGCAGUUGGGGUCUAGUGGGGUCUAGUAGGUCGAGGCCAGGGCUGCUUCUAAACAUCCUACAGUCACAGGACAGGCCCACGACAGGGUGAGCCAGCCCAGAGACAGCAGCGCCAAGGCUCAGACACUGCUCUCAGGCCCCAUUUAGCAAAACGCGACCGUGUUUAUUCGUGAGGACUUAAGAUUUUAAAUGGGCUUACACCUGUUUCUCUUUUAUUUAAAAGUAAAGUAAAUAGCUGAUUUUUAAAGAGAGUUCCUGUCUCCUCUGUACUGGGGUUCUCUUGGUAGGUUUGAGCUGUGUUUCACUGCGGGUAGGUUUGAGCUGUGUUUUAUUGCGGGUAGGUUUGAGCUGCAUUUACUGAGGUGUAGAUGCUUUUGCUUUCUCCAGGCUCAUAUUCGAGCAUGACUGCAAAGAGAAAGACUUUUUUUUGCAAAAGCACAGUAGCUCAGUGAGUCCCUCCACACGUGGGCCGACAUCAGGGGCAGUUGUUGGCCAGUGGCAGGAGUUCCAGCCCAGGGAAGGUGCUGGAGGUUGGCUGACACCGGGUGGAGCCCUUGCCUGUUGGUGCGGCUGGUGGGUGAGCAGCAGGGUGCCGCAUAGCUUUCCUCAUUUGCACCCGUGUCAGUCCUUGUGCAAGGGGAAAAGGGAGGUUUUGUCUUUACUGUCUUAGCCAUGGGCAGAAUGAUUUGAAAGUAAAGAGAUUUCAUUUUUCAUUUACUCUUGUGUUUUGUGGUCUCCGGGUGGCUGGCACGAUCCCUGGAACCUAGGGUGUUGCUCUUGUGCCCCCCAGUCGGGACUAACAGAAUCUUAAAUCUAAGCUCGAUUACGUGGUUAGUUGAUCCAAGUUUUGAUUAGCACAAGGCUAACUCGGCAACUCAGGAUCGCUCCUUUCUUUUCGACACAGAAAUGUGUAUGCGCCUGGCAAUGUUUUGAUUCCAUUUUUGCUAAUUUUUUGGGGUGGACCUUGAGUAUCUCCAAGGAAGACGUUAGAGUUUUAAGAAGGAGCCGUGUGGAAAAAAGCAGUGGCUCAUUUGUAAUGUUUCAAGGAUGAAUUAUAAUUCCUUUAGCGUCAGGAAGUCUUUCACUAGAUGUUUAACUUAUAAAACACCAAAAUGGGUUAAUCAUAAGAAAACACAGCACCAAGCUCAGGAUUCAGUAGACUGUUUCUUGUAGAAACAAGGGCUUCUAAGCUAAAGACUGGAACACGUUACAUUUGCCUCGUGGCUGAGGGGCUUGAGGUUAUUAACAUGGCAGUAGAGGGUUUCGUCUUCUUUCCAGUGAUAUCACUUGAUCUUGCUGUUUGCUCGUGACGCCGUAGCCUACACAGAAGCACAGUGGCAGGUCCCAGUGCCACAGCAGAGGUCAGCAGUACGUGUUUAUGUAUGUGGUUUUCUCUCGAUUCUCCCAGUGUCAGAGCCCCUGGACUGCACUCAGCCGUCUUCUCCAGGUGGGCCUUGGAGACUGGGGACCUUCUGGAGUACAGUAGAGACUUCUCGAAAUGACUAUUCCUCCUUGCUGAAAAUGACAGAAUGCAUAAUACACAGACAUAUGCACACAAAACUUUAAUAAAAAUAAAAA